UAUGCCCGUUCUAGGGCUGAGCAUCAGAGUGAACCAUGGCUCCCUCUAUUGAUGAAGCCGCGGUCCAACCUCUUGAGCUCAGGCCUAAGCUUGACUGCAUCAAAUACUUAGAGGAAGUCCCUCUCAUUGAUCUCUCUCCUCUAAGGUCUAAAAACUGUGACCUCUCUGAGGCCAAAGAGAAACUUGCAUCUCAGCUCCAUGAUUGUCUUAAAGAGUGGGGCUUCUUCCUAGUUGUGAACCAUGGCAUGGCAACUGAUGCCUUGGCAAAGGUUAAGAGUACCUUCACUAAGCUUCCUGAGGAGGACAAGAAGAAGGUGGCUAGAAAUGAGAAGAAUCCUUGGGGUUACAGUGAGAAGGAUCUCACUAAGAACACUAAGGACUGGGUCGAGGUGUUCGACUACAUGGUCGCGGAGGAGCUCACCCUGCCUGAGACCUUCGAACCCGAUUGCAAAACUGUAGUGAAGUUCAGGAAUAACUGGCCGGAAAACCAGCCGGAGUUUCAGAAAGCAUGCGAAGACUUCACGACUGGCACGAUGAAAUUGCUCUAUGAGCUCAUGGAACUCAUAGCCUUAAGCUUGGGCUUAUCUGAAGACAGGUUAAAGCCUUAUUUUGACGAAAAUUUGUGUUAUUCUCGCAUCAAUUACUACCCACCAUGCCCAACUCCUGAGUUGGCUCUAGGCAAAGGCGCGCACAAGGACCACUGUGCCUACACAGUGUUAGCCACCGAUGAAGUAAGCGGGUUUGAGGUAAUGCGCAAGUCCGAUGGCGAGUGGCUCCGAGUCCGACCCAUUCCUGACUCUGUCAUCGUCGUCGGCGGCGACAUCUUGCAGGUUUGGAGCAAUGAGAUUUACGAGAGCGUGGUACACAGAGCUGUGGUGAACUCCGAGAAGGAGAGGCUUUCUAUGCUCACUGUUGCCGCACCGGCAUUUGAGGUGAUGGUUGCGCCUCUCGAUGAGCUUGUGGGAGAGAAAACCCCUGCUAAAUAUAGAGCUUAUAAGUGGGGAGAGUUCUAUGGAGCAAGGAAGUUCAGCAAUUUCAGGAAGCUAGACACCCCUGUCCUUGAGGUGGCUGACUACAAGAUCAGAAGUUAGGGCAAGGCUAUCCACUAUCAUAUAUAUGCCUGAGUUUAGAUUAUCCUGUUUGUCUUGUGUCACUGUCUAAGCUCCUCUUGUGUCCCUGUCUAAGUUGUUAAUGUUCUGGUUUUCCCUGAAUAAUGGGAUAUUAUAUGACCCAGAUCCUUGCCUAUGUAGUUGGUCAUGUUCUGGUUUUCCCUUUCCCUGAAAAAUAGGAUCUUGAAUGUAAUAAAGAAUGGUUUUGUAGUAUGGAACUUCUCAUGGUGUAAAAUCUAUUAUGCUUAUUGUAAGACUUGCCCCAGGAGUGAGUCAAUCUUAUUUA